AUGACAACGGCGACUCUAGCGCAAGGCGGAAGCAUCCGGGCUACUACGCAUCCAUUCCCGCAUCCAGGGGAUGGGAUGACGCAAUACGCACAUCAGCACAACCUGUAUGACUUCUUCAGCGCCUCCGACAACAGCGAUCACAAUGAUGAUGAUGAUGAUGAUGACGAUGAUGAUGAUGAUGAUGGCAACGCAAGCAGUGAUGCUGUUGUUGCUGGCAUGGGCGAUACUGCCACUACUGCUACGACUGCUGCCACUGCUACGACUGGAACGACUGGUGUUGCUGAUGCUGCUGAUGAUGACGAUGAUGAUCGGCCUCACGGUUACGAUGCUUGGGCCAACAGCGGGCGAUUCGAUCGUGAAUAUGACGAAGCGAGCAGCGUUGGGCCUGGCGGGCGGCUGGAUGACGAGCAAGGCGGUGGGUGGGCAAGCAUGUCCACGAGCAUCAACAUCGAGACGCCGCAGCAGGUGUUCUUUGAGGGCCACGACUUUCGCGUGUUGCGGCUGCGGUGGGAGGAGGCGUCCAUCUUCCUCAUGGAGGGCGAAAACAACAUCAAGUUUGACCUGCACCCGGCAAACAAGCGCGAGCUCGUCGCCUUUCUCCGCGUGCACAGCACCAUCCUCAAGCUGCUUGACCUCUUUGCCGCCCUCUUUAUCAUGGCGCUGGCCAUAUGCGAGUGGCCCGCUGUCCGGACGCCGUUUGGUGUGCUCCCACCGCGCCAGCAGUCGCUGGUUGAGCUUGGCUGCCUGCUUGUGCUGCUGGUCAAGCCGUUCUUCACCAUGCAGUGGCUUGGCGUGCGCCGCAUGCUGCUGCGCUCGCGCGGGUGGAUUCGCGUGGGCAUCAUCCUGGCCGCGGGCAUCGAGUGUGUUGUCAUGCUCAUCCAGAACGACUUCCACUUUCGCAUUACCCGCAUGUUUCGCUCCUUCUUCCUCAUCGACAGCCCGUACAACACUGGCAUGCGGCGCGUGCUGCGCGAAAUCCUGCAGGCGCUCCUGCCCAUCUUGGAUGUGCUCCUCCUCUACAUGUUCUUCAUCUUCAUCUUUGCUGUUAUCGCCUUUUAUGCGUUUGCGGGCGUGAGUGAUGACUGGUCCUUUGCCACGCUCAAGGACUCGUUUGUCAGCCUGUUUGUGCUGGUCACCACCGCCAACUACCCCGACAUCAUGAUGCCGGCCUACAGCCAGUCCCCUUGGGCGUUUCUCUUCUUCUUCGCCUACCUCGUCAUCUGCCUCUACUUCCUUCAGAACCUCCUCCUCGCUGUGGUCUACGAUCAGUUUCGCAACCAGGAGCUCAUCAAGUUCAAGAAGCUCUUCUACCACAAGCGCCAGGGCAUCAGACUCGCGUACCGGCUGCUGAAGGAUGACCGGUGUGGAGGCAUCCCAUACAGCAGUUUCCGCGGCAUGAUGCGCUUUCGACGCCCGCGCGCACGCGAUAUCGACGUUCGCCUCCUCUUCCUCGCACUCAACAAGAGCAACUCCGACGCCCUGAAUCUCGAGGAAUUUUACAGCUUCUAUGAUGCAGAGAAUCUAACGUGGGAGAAGACGCCUUCCGAGGUGCACCCGGCAGAGAGCCACGUGGCGUAUGAGCGGCGGCGGUGGAAGCGGUGGUUGAAUGCGCUCGAGAGCGGAAUCGGACGCGCCGUCCGCCAUCCACAUUUCGAAACGCUUGUUGACGUCGUCGUCGUCGUGAACACGGUUGUGAUUGUGUACAACGCGACAAUCACGGAUUCCCACCACGCCCACAAGGGCAGCUUUGCCCGCAUUGAGGAGGCGGAUUUUGCGUUUCUCGCAUUCUAUUGGGUGGAGAUUGCCCUCAAACUCUUCACGCUGGGGCCGCUUGCAUACUUUCGCAGCGGCUGGAACCAGUUUGACUUUAUCGUGACGCUGCUGGGAACAGUGGGCGUAUUCGUGCGUGUGCAAAUUAGCCUCUUUGUUUCGCUUCGACAGCUCCGUGUGCUGCGUCUCUUCAAAGUCAAGCGCCGCUUUCGCCAGGUCCUGGGUACAAUCUUGAGCCUCAUCCCGAGUCUGGCAAGCAUGGUCAUGGUUCUCUUCACUGUGUUCUACUCGUUCUCCGUCCUGGGCAUCGACCUCUAUGCCGGCAAAAUAUACAAGGGCUGCUGCGGCCCCAUGUUCAGCGGUGAAACGAGUUCGCAACGCUACUACCUCAACAACUUUGACAACAUCUUCCGCAGCUUUGUGACGCUGUUUGAGCUGAUGGUGGUCAACAACUGGUUCAUCAUCAUGGAUGGUGUUGUGCACGUCACCAGCGAGUGGUCGCGCAUCUACUUCAUGCUCUUCUACAUCAUCGUCGUGAACAUUGUGCUGAAUGUGGUGAUUGCGUUUGUGUUGGAGACGUUCCGGUCCCGCAUGAACUUUGAGCGAACAUUUGACGAGGAACUUGGACCGGAGAGCCUGGCGGAGGCGGAGGUGGUGAUGACGGCUGGCGAAGCGCUGCGGUUCACGCGUGACACACGCGUGGAGAACAGACUCAGGCGCAUGGGCGAAACACACUGGGUGCGGUUUGUUGGGCGGCGGCCAAAGACGAUGGAAGACUGUCAAGUCAGACUCUUCCAAGCAGAAGUGAAAUCCUGGGCAGAUCGCGACCAAGUGCUGCGCACAAGCAUGAUCCCGACUGGCCGGCGCGCGGACGGCGAUGUGCGGGUUGGGCGCCCGCGCCGCGUUAUGGCACUGCACACCUCCCUCGAUGCAGUUGGCAGCACACGCGAGCCCACGAACGUGCUCACUGCCAUCAUGGGCGAUGCCGUGGAGAGGAUACCGUGGGCGUUUCCAUCGCAGCAGCGGCUGAUUCUGGACGCGGUGGGGCGGAGGCACGUGCUGCCUGUGGCGGGUGGUAUUGGCGGCGGUGUUGGUGAUGAUGACGAUGAUGAUGGUGGUGGUGGUGAUUUUGAUGAGGACUUUGAUGAUGACGGCAACGCGUAUGGUGAAGAUGCAUUUGGUGUCGGUGUGGGUGGUGGUGUGGGUGGCGUGAGCGUCAACAGCGUCUUUCGUGAUGGUGGUGGUCGACUGCGGAGGAGGAGAAGAGCACGACGGCAGCGCGGGGUGCUGUCUCCGUUGUCUGAAGGCAGCGAGACUGCUUUCACCGAAACCACCGACGACGACGACGACGAUGAUGGCGAUGGUGUUGGUGGUGUUGGUGGUGGUGUGCAGCCACGAGGUGGGCGUUGUGCUGUGCCGGUCACAGACGCAACAGGCAACCAACGCCACGGUGCUGGUGCUGGUGAUGACGAUGACGAUGAAGUGGUACAAUCAUUGCUGGCUCGUGCACAGCGGCUGUCAGGGGGCCAGCGCGCUGCAUUCGUCCGCGCCCUCACACACGGGCACCAGGAGCAGCGACAACACACACAAUGACAACAACAACAACAGCAACAACAGCAGCAGCAGCAACAACACGAACAACAUCAACAAGAACCAGCAGCAGUAGUGCUGGUUGUGGGUUUGCUUGUCACGUGUCGCGUCAGUUUGUAAGC